GGUAAUUUUAGAGAAUUAAACUAUUAUUGGAGGCCUGCGGCCGGAGGUUAUUCUAUUCCCAUUUAGGACUAACCCUUAUUACGGUAAUCGAUACGAAAUCUUGAACUAGUGUUGUACAUACAUCAUACCUAACCUACUAUUGUUCCUUAUCGAUAACACCGGUAAGCUCUUUGAUUCGUUCCGUCAUUGAUUAUCAUCAAAUUUCUAUGGCUUGACGACGUAAAGUUGUCGAUGCGCUAAGAGACAUCACAUCGUGUAGCGAAGCAUUCUCAACCGAAUGCGCAAUAUCAACUACUAGGAGGGGUAUGUAAUCAGCAACCCUACUCAUUGCGCCGAACAAUAAUGUCUCGUCAAGCAAUUAGCGCUCAGCGCCACGUUCUACGGGCUCUCACCCAGUGGCCCAAAGAUACUCUACGACCUCAGAUCCAAUUCCAGGACGUGCUGCGUAAACGAUUUGAAGGAGGUUCCUCUGGUCUACCUGAGCAAGACCAGCUAAGACAAGCCAAUGCGCUCUACUCACUUCUCGAUAAUCGGUAUAAGAAAAUGUACCCCAUCACAGGCUCUCUAUUGCGCCCUAGGAGUAAGCCGACAUAUUUUACAGACUUGGUAAAGGAGCUUGAGGAAGCACCGACUCGAUCCUACUUAGACAGGUUAUGGUUGCGGGUGAAGGGCAUUGUAAGAAUACAAUAACGAUGCCAAGGGGAUCUUGUAAAUCAGCAAAGAAUUAUACGUACCAUAUAGAAGAGCGAACAAGUCAAUACUACCCAAUGUCACGAACAUUGUACACUCUUGC